AUGCCACCGCUUCCUGCUGCAGAAGGGUCAAAUGAGGGUUUGCCGGACAAGUUGAACAGGUACCUUCCAAUUGCCAUUCCUGUCCAGUGCUUGACCGAGCCUGCAUGGCUCCCUGUGUGGGAUAAGCUGCGGGCUGAACAAGGUUUGAUGGCCUCUGGAAAAUCUGGUGGAAACUUCCCUGUUAUGCCUUCUCCAGCAGUUGGCGGCGGUUGGUCUCAAGCUCAGCUGAAUGUGACACCAGCAGGUGAGUGGUUGCGGCUUCUUGUGGACCUCAUAGGCAAGGUGGCCGGUGGCAGCUUUGACCCAGACCUCACGAGGCCUGACCCAGCCUCCCAGAAGGGUGGCUCCAAAGGCACCUUUAUGCGGGACUUUUCUCAAUGCAAUGCUGAUGAUGCCUUGCCUCCGCCUUCAGCUAAUGCGCGGCUGCAGUCGGGGGAACAGCCUUCUAAGAAGGUCAAAGCUGUGCUUGGUGCCAAGCGUUUGCUUCUAAUGGAAAGAGUUGCGAAAAGUAUCAACUGGCCAGACACCACACUGUUUCAGGAGAUGGCCCAAGGUUUUCGUUUGGUGGGACAGGCGACAAAAUCAAAUAUUUUUCAACCUGGUAUCAAAGCGGCUUCAAUGAGUGAAGAACAACUGAUGAAGGAUGCUAAGUUUUUGAAGCCAGCGCUGCUUGGGAAGAUACGUGCUAGUCGUGGAGAUGCCCAUAGCAAGGAACUCUACGAGCUCACGGAAAGCGAAGCCCUUGAUAAGGGUUGGCUGUCUGGCCCUUAUACUGCGCUUGAGAUGGACGAGCGUUUUUCUGGGCGAUGGCUUCCUGUCAGGCGUUUCGCAGUCAUCCAAAAGGAAAAGUUGAGGCCCAUUGACGACCUGAAGGAAAACCGAGUGAAUGAGACUUUCUCGUCAACGGAAAGGGCUUCAUUGUACGCUCUAGACCACUUGGUGUGGAUUUCCAUUUUUCUUGCAAGACUGUAUACAGUCGGUGGCGAGUUCAACUUUGAAUUGGAAGACGGAACGCAAUUGUCUGGGUUUGUCCACAAGGACUGGAUAGAAGCUGGCGUUGAUUUGAAGGUCACAGCCAUGGACUUGAAAUCAGCGUACAAACAACUUCCCCUCAGUCCAUUAGAUUCAGAUAAAGCUGUCAUUUCCUUGUGGAGCGAACAGCACCAGGAUGUGCGUUGCUUCGAAUGUGCUACGCUCCCAUUUGGAGCUUCAGCAAGCGUUCACAACUUCCUGAGGGUGAGUGCGUUCCUGCAGGCCGCAGGCUGUGCCUUGGGGCUCUUGUGGACCAGUUAUUUUGACGAUUUCCCUAUGGUAUCCCAUGCAAUGCAUACCACCUCUACGUUGGCUUGUGCCAAGGGUCUCAUGUCUCUUUUUGGUUUCGUUUAUUCGGAAGAGAAGCUGGCUCCUUUCGAUUACACUGCUGAAAUCCUUGGAGUCGUUGUUGACUUGAGCAAAGCGUCACAGAGAAAGAUUUCAAUUUCCAACAAGCCCUCCAGGGUGGAGGAAUUGAACCUUGCUUUGAAGGAUAUCCUUAAGGCUGGCGUGGUGGUGCCUAACCAGUUACCUUCUGUUUUGGGAAAAACUUCAAUAUGCAGACUCCCACGUGUGGGGGCGAGCUGGCAAGCUGGCCUUGGCUGA